AUGAAGCGUGACGGUGCUGGCCGUGGGAACUGGGGAACUACCUCUGAUGAACUUCUUGCCCAGGAAACUGAGGCCCUCAAGCUGGAGGAGAAGGCCCCUGUCCCUGAGAAGCAGGGUGCACAGGAGGAUGCACCACAGGCAGAGGAGAACAAGGUCAGCAAAGAUGCCACUGCAAAUGUUGAAGAAGAAAAGGAAGAAGAAGAUAAGGAGAUGACUCCUGAUGAAUUUGAGAAAGUAAUGGAGGAGAAGCGGAAAGCACUUCUUGCUUUGAAGUCUGAGGAGAGGAAGGUUGAAAUUGAUAAGUACAUGCAGGCUAUGCAACUGCUUUCCACUAAGAAAGGAAAUGAUGAAGUUUUCAUCAAGCUGGGUGCUGAUAAGGAUGCUUUAAAGAAGAAAGAAACCGCUGAACGUGAUGAGCGUGCUAAGAAGUCUGUGAGCAUAAACGAGUUCCUGAAACCUGCUGAAGGAGAAAGGUACUAUGGUGGCCGAGGACGUGGCGGCAGGGGGCGUGGGGACCGUGGAGGCUUCAGAGGGGGAUUUGGUGGAGGCUAUCAUGCCCCGCCGGCCGCUCCAACAAUUCAAGACCAGAACCUGUUCCCAACUCUCGGUGGGAAGUGA